UCUGCGCAUAGGUAGCUAGCUAGCGCCUAUUGUGUGUGUGGGAGGAGCUGAUUUCCUACGAUUGUCUGGCUGCGCUCAUGUUGGGUUCAUUUCUCUAAAGUUGCGUUCUCGUGACAGAUUGCGUCGCGGAGGAUUGCGCGUCGAGACAGCCACGGACACCGGGUCGCGCUUGUUUCUGAUAUCAACAUUUAUUUUAUUUAUCCUUUCUUGGUUUCUUUCAAGAUGACAGAAGAAAAGAAUGUUCGACAUUUAAAGCUGGUGACUGACCAGCUUCUGUGGGAUUUGAUGUCACCUUUAGAUUGGUUCAACUGAAGAUGGAAACACUGGAGUCCGAGCUGACAUGUCCAAUCUGCCUGGAAUUGUUUGAGGAUCCCCUCCUGCUGCCCUGUGCCCACAGCCUGUGCUUCAACUGCGCUCACCGCAUCUUGGUCUCGCACUGCUCCAGCACCAAGCCCCUCGAGUCCAUCUCCGCCUUCCAGUGCCCUACCUGCCGCUACGUCAUCACGCUGAAUCAGCGUGGCCUUGAGGGCUUAAAGCGCAAUGUGACACUGCAAAACAUCAUUGACCGCUUCCAGAAGGCCUCCAUCAGCGGAUCCAACUCACCCAACGAGAGUCGCCGGCUGCGGCCUUACAGUGCCACGCUCAGUGGGAGUGCGCGGGGCAGCCCCGCCAGUAGCGCCAUGUCGCUAGAGCGAGUUGGCUGCCAGUUCUGUGAUCAGGAGCCACCAAGGGAGGCAGUGAAGACCUGCGUGACAUGUGAGGUGUCGUACUGUGACCGCUGCCUGCGGGCGACGCACCCCAAUAAGAAGCCCUUCACCAGCCAUCGUCUGGUGGAGCCGGUGGCAGACGCUCACUUACGUGGGCUGGCCUGCCUGGAGCAUGAGAAUGAGAAGGUGAACAUGUACUGCGUGGUAGACGACCAGCUAAUCUGUGCUCUCUGCAAGCUGGUGGGACGACACCGUGAGCAUCAGGUCACAUCACUUAGUGAGCGCUUCGACAAGCUUAAGGCUUUUCAAGUGAGCCCUGCCAGAGUUUCUGAAGCGGUUAUGGAGGCAUCAAAGACAAGCGCUGCGCAAACCCUGGAGAAUAACUUAACCAAUCUGGUAAAGAGGAACAGUGAGCUGGAGAACCAGAUGGCCAAACUCAUCCAGAUUUGCCAACAGGUGGAGGUGAACACAGCCAUGCAUGAAGCCAAGCUGGUGGAGGAGUGUGAUGAAUUGGUGGAGAUAAUUCGCCAGAGGAAACAGGUCAUUGCUGUCAAGAUCAAAGAGUCCAAGGUGAUGAAGCUGAGGAAGUUGGCACAGCAGAUUGCGAACUGCAGACAGUGUCUGGAGCGCUCUAGUGCCCUCAUCACCCAAGCUGAGCACAGCCUGAAGGAGAAUGACCACGCCCGCUUCCUGCAGACAGCCAGGAAUGUGGCUGAGAGAGUUGCCAUGGCCACCGCCUCUUCCCAGGUCCUCAUCCCAGAUGUCAAUCUGAAUGACGUCUUUGACAAUUUUGCCCUUGAUUUCUCCAGGGAAAAGAAAAUCCUGGAAGGACUGGAUUACUUGACAGCACCCAACCCUCCCUCUAUACGUGAAGAGCUCUGCACCGCCUCUCACGACACCAUCACAGUGCACUGGACCUCUGAAGAUGAAUUUAGCGUCACCUCCUACGAGCUUCAGUACACCAUCUACACUGGCCAGACUAACUUUAUCAGUCUGUAUAACUCUGUAGAUAGCUGGAUGAUCGUGCCCAACAUCAAGCAGAAUCACUACACAGUGCACGGUCUGCAGAGCGGCACUCGUUACAUCUUUUUCGUCAAGGCCAUCAACCAGGCAGGCAGCCGAAACAGUGAACCUGCUCGCCUCAAAACCAACAGCCAGCCUUUCAAACUGGACCCCAAAACGGCCCAUAAGAAGCUACGUCUGUCUAAUGACUGUCUGACCAUGGAGAAAGAUGAAAGCUCUCUGAAGAAGAGCCACACUCCAGAGCGCUUCAGCGGGACCGGAUCCUAUGGUGCAGCUGGUAACAUCUUCAUUGACAGUGGCUGCCAUUAUUGGGAGGUUUUACUGGGAGCCUCCACUUGGUACGUUAUUGGUGUGGCCUACAAGUCAGCGCCCAAAAAUGAAUGGAGUGGUAAAAACUCGUCGUCUUGGGUUUUCUCACGCUGCAACAACAACUUCCUGGUGCGGCACAACAAUAAGGAGUCGCUCGUGGAGGCAUCACUGCAGUUGCGCAGGGUGGGGGUGCUGCUGGACUACGACAAUAACUCCCUGUCCUUCUACGACGCCAUGAACUCCCAGCACAUAUACACUUUUGAUGUUUCCUUCCUGUUGCCGGUGGCUCCCACCUUCAUGAUCUGGAGUAAGUCACUGAUGAUCAUGUCAGGGCUGCCCGUGCCAGACUUUGUGGAUUGCAGCGAGCAGCAAGAAGGCAUUUGUCGCCAACAGGAAUCACCUUAUGUGUCUGGAAAGAAGAGCUGCCACUGAGACAUUGGGCAGUGAUUAUUUCCAGGGCUUGCCCGAUGUGUUCCUCAACCUUCCUCUGCCUCCAGUUUGGCAGGUUUACAUAGCUGGGGUGAAGCUGCAAGUGCAGCAUGGAUUAAGGAUGUGUAGAUGUUGCCGAUAGUUUUGGUCACAUAUAGAAGCGUUAUAUGACGGCAAGUCCUGUUUUUAUGAAUUCUCUUAACUAAAACAGUUUAAAUUGUAAAUUAUUUAUGACUAAUACAUUGGUUUGCUUUUUUUGUCAGUGUCAGUGUAUCCCUAAAAGCACUUUUUAGAGUUGGAACUUAAUGUCCCUCUGUUGAAAAGAUUUGCUAAUUUUGAGACAGGGCUGGACUUCCUUUUGGAUAGAAUAUAGUAGAGUAUAUUAGAUAAAAAAGGAUGCGAAUUUGGUGUUUCUACUAAGGGUUACAUUUGUUAUCUGAUUGGUCUAUAUACUCUUUUCAUAUUCAGGGAGAAUAAGAUGAUUCUUUAGAUGAGAUAAUAGCAUGAUAUGUAUUUCCUCUGUGAUUUGUUCUCACUAUCUCAGUUUCUGGUUUUGUUUUUUGUGAGAAGCAUGAGGCACAAAAUCCCCUGCCGUUUUUUUAACAUGUAUCUUUAAUAAUUGGUAUAUUAUUAUUACUAAUGUUCCACACAAUUCCAUACGUCGAUGUGUUAUAUCAUUGACAUGUUUUCAACCAAACCAUCAAGAACGGAAUUUUAAGACAACAGUGAAUAUUAUGCAGAUAUUUGUCAUAGAUCCAUUCAUUCAAAAAUAUUUAAAAGAAAGAUCAACGAUCAGCAACAAAAAAUGUUUUUGGCUUGGUUUUUCAUUUGCAGUUACAAAUGAACUUCCUAAACAAAUAUUACUGCAUUCUCCCAGCGUAAAGUAUUCUAUGCCAUCAAGUGCAUUUAUUUUAUACGGCCAUAAGAAUAUAACAUUUAUGGCUGUUAUGAAUCUUACAUGAUCUUCCUGAGUGUUAUAUUUAGGGCUAUAAUAAGGACACCCAGAGCUGGGUUGAGAUGACGACAAUCACUUGUACUCCUGCAGGCAAAAAAAUCAAGUGUGUAGCAAGAGAUUUUUGCAAUAGCAUGGUAAACUUGAGAUACUUCUUGAAAAAAUGGUUUGAAUUCAUUUGAAUGCCAGUUCGGUGUAAAUAUACAGUACAGAUUGGGAAGUGUACAGUACAUACUACUGAUGCCACUGUCCUGCGGCAGUUUUUGCUUCAGAUCAGUGAUGUUUCCCUCUUUUCUCAGCUGAAUGUUAGUGACUGGUCUGUUUUAGUUACUUUUUAUUUUUCUGAUUGAAAGUACAGAGCAUUUUACCAUCAGAUUCACUUUGCCUACAUUUACACAUCUCUUUCCAACACAUGCUUUGUUUUCAACAGGCUUUUUUUUUCUUUAUGAGUUUCUGAAGAAUGUUCAGCUGGAGAGUUCAGGCUUUGUUCAUAACACUAAAGGUUAUACAAACAGCCGUUUACCUCACUCCUUCCAUUGGUUGAACCUCUUUUGUUAGCCUCAAUUACAGACAUGAAAAAUCAGAAAUGUUGAUUUUCCACUUUUCCACUUUGCUCUUUAUAGACUCUCUAAAGAAUCUAGCAAUAAUAAGCCCUCAACAACACACUUCAAUAGUCUAUGAAGAGUAAGGGGUCGUUCAGACUGUACUCGUUCUUGCAAUUAAAAAAAGCUUGAUGUAGCGCAACGAAUGGAAAAUAAUUCUCAAUAUGUGAAGCGGCUCGCCUGUGCAAGAUCUGGCCUAUUGGUCAAAGAUUCCCAUCUAAUUUAUAUUUACAUAGAAAAACUAUUCAAAAAUAGUGCAGUAGAUGCAAAAACACAUUUGGUGUGAACAGCCUCUUGCUGAGGCCUUACUUAGCAUUGAGAGUCCUGCCAUUUGUAAUGGUUUGUGGUGAAUAGCUACAAUGGGAUGGCCUGUUACAUGCUACAAGUAGUUUGAGAUGGGUUUAAAUCUUGGAACCAUUUUUUUAUUUUUUUGGUCUUGCUGGGUCUCGGGCAGAAAAUCAUUAGUGGAACAUACUUCUCAAUUGUCAUUUAAAAAAUUUUAAACUAGUUUUUUAGACAUUUUUAAUGAGUUCUACACUGAUGAAACAGCAAUCAAUAUGGGAGACAUAUGGCACAGUCACGUUGAACCAUUGUAAGUGUUUUUCCUGUGUAAGAACAUCUCCUUAUGUCCAUUACUGCUCUGUAUCUCUCAGUCAGUUACUCACUAGUUCUGCUGUCACUGUCCAUCCACUGGCUAGCUGCUACAGCAGCCGCUGUCAUGUGUCUUGGCCUGGAUGUGUCUUGCUUUUUGGCUAAAAAUUACAACCCUCCAUGUAUGACGGGAAGUCUUCAACAUUAUCAUUUAUCAUUGAUGAAAUAUCCGUAGGCAAAUCUGUUUGAGAUUCGCUUUUUUUUUUUUUUUUUUUUUUUU